UGGUAAUGGUGCAAAAGAAAAUGGCUCUCUGAACCUGAGAUGUUGAUCAAACAAUAAACCAGGAAGGGAUUAAAGAAGAGAGCUGAAACCAGGAAAAGGUCAUGAACCACAAAAGUAAAGUCACACACUGCUUGGGGAGCAAGUGUUGGAGAAAUCUGGGCUCAGAAGCCUGAGGAGAGAGGUUGCUUUUGAAGAGAGAGAAGGAUCCUGCUCAGGAUGCCAGCAUAGCUCCAGUAAAUGGGAUUGGCUGCUCCACUAGCCAGGCAGGACUAUGGCCACUGGACUGAGUGCACUUCUGCUUCUUGUUGUUUGGACCCUCAUCCAGGGUAUGCUGCUUCCUCCACACAAUGUGACACUAACAUCUGAAAAUUUCCACAUUUUCUUGAGAUGGGAGCCAGGUCAUGGUUCACACAGUGGAAACCAGUAUGAGGUUGAGUCUUGCAGCAGGUCUUCCAAAUGGACUAAGGUGGACACUUGCUGGAAGAACAGCACCAGAUCGUUCUGGACAUGUAAACUGUUUUUUGAAGACAUACAUAUCCUCUACUGGGCCAGGGUGAGAGCAGUGAAUGGAGUCAAUGUGUCUAAAUGGGUCAUCUCCAAUGAAUUGCAGCCAUACAGAGACACAAUCGUGGGUCCCCUUAAACUGAUGCUGUGGUCACAAGAUCAGAAUCUUACUGUAGAUAUCUCCAUACCACUUACUCCCUAUCAAAGGAAAAAUGGCUCCUAUAAGUCAGUCCAGAAGGUGCUGUCAAAAUUGCGGUUCGUACUCAGACUUUAUGAAGAAGGUGUUUUCCUCCUCCAAGUGAUCUGUAAGCCAAAGGGCAAGAAAACUCAGCACACAUUUCAGUACUUGAAACCAAAUACCAAUUACUGCAUCAGAGCCAGAGAAGAGGAUUCAGCCAAAAGCAAAGAGGCAGUACAAUGUACCAAGACAAAACUCAGUCCACGAAAUUUCCUCUGGGACCUGGUUGUUGCUCUGAUUGUCUUCACAGUGCUGCUUCUGCUGGGUGCAGCUGGCUUGUACUUCCUCAAACUCUAUGUGUAUCCAAGCAUCUCAGAAAUACCCUUCCCCAGAGUUCUGACUGUUCUGAAUGAAGAACCGAACAUGAAGGUCUGCACCAAGGCAUCUGCCUGUGACCUUGAAGGUGACUCGUUCUCUCUGCUUUCAGUGACUGGGCUUUCCUCCACAAGUCACUUCACAAUAGAGCAGAAAAAAACCCAAACCCAGCUGCUUCCAAGAGGCUACCAUGCCCAGAAAGUGGAUGAGUACUGUGCCAAUGGGUUUGACCUUGUCUACCACGAUAGUAAGACUUCUUGUAGUUCCUCCAACAAGCUGAGCUUUGCUGGUGCUGUAGACUCUGAAGCCUCUUUAUCAUCAGCAGGACUGGUAAAGGGUAGUGAUUCAAGUGAAGGACAGUACAUGUCCGCUUUGAAGACCCAGCUUCCUGACGGCUUCCUGGUGUCUCCUAAGAAGCCAUCUCCAGUGUCCACAGUCCUGGUCCAGGAUGGUUAUACAAGUGACAGUCACUACCAGACUGGUUCAGGGACCCCGACUCCUUUGAACCUCCAGAUUUAUUCCAAACGUACAUCUCUGGUGUCAGAAAGCAUCAACAGUAUCCCAUCAUAUCACUCAGGUGCAACCUUCUCUAAGGAUCUUAAAAAGAAAAUUAGUAGCAUGAGGACAGAGUGGCCACCUCUUUGCUGGGUAGGUAUUCCUCUCAGCUCUGUGAAACUGCAGGCCAGUGAGAAGACUGGAGGCCACCUUGUUCCAUCUCUUGGGGAUUUGUGUAAAUGCAGCCCUCCAACAAUGAAGGACUACAGUGUGCAAAAAGCAAGCCUGGGUCAGAGUGCCAAAGCAUGCCAGGAGUACCUGCCUGUGAGUCAAGAGCAGUGUGAUCUCUUGGAACAUACAGACUGUAGUAAUGAUGCUAGUAGUGACUCAUCCCCAGAGGCUAACAGCACUACGAAAAAGACUUCCUUUGGCUAUGAGUUACACCCUCAGGCCUGGUCCUGUACCCAGUGAUGAUGAAUCUGGGGAGACGGCACCAGGGUAUAGGGAGAUUUCCCACGUGUUUAUUCACAACAAGUGGGCUUGACUCUCAUCUUGUAUUAUGGUAUAAAACUGUGAAAAGCUUUGCACAGUGGGAUCAGACUCUGGAAUCAGGUCCAAACCAAAACCCAGCUCCCAGUCUAGAAAUCUGCAUUGCCCGAGUUGGAUUUUCACUGCUGGGAUGAUGAUACUUGGGUAGUUAUCCAACAGAGAUAAAUUUGAGCUGUGAAUUACUUAGGUGUACGAUUUUGGUGCCAGGCCACCUACAGUUGAAAUUCAGUCAGGCUCAUGGUUUUUUCUGAAGUUCCAAGUGAGUUUUUGAGUCCAUCUGAACAUGAUAUAUAAAGUAAGUAGAAAAGAAGGGAAAAGCUCACAAAAUAACUGUAAUUCUCUUACAGUUUUUGUGACAGAUAUGCUGGAAGUGUCCAGAUGAGUGCACACGUGUGGAUUGUGGUGCCUCAAAACUAUUUGAAGCACGACAAACCGUAAGUGGCAAAUUUGCAGCAUGGCACCAAAAUUUGAUACUGAAAAUUCUUUGUAUAAAAAAAAACAAACAAAAAACCACUGCAAAACCCCCACAAACCUGUCAUGGCUCAUGCUCCAGGAGUGUGCACUAGAGCAACUGGAGGCUGGGUCCUCCAGGGAGACGUUCUGGCUGACAGCUAGAGUGUCUCCACUGCUUUAGGUGUCCACCAGCUCCUUCAGCAUGCCAGGAGCUGGGAGGAGUGGAGAAAGAGCGGGAAUGGGGAAACAGCUACAGGGGCAUUUUGCCCUGCAGCAAACCUCAUGUGCAGGGAUGUGCAUGGAGGCAAAAAGCAGCAGCACAAAUUUGUGCCGCAGCAAAUGCACAUCCCUGCAUGUGGGGACAUGCCCACUCAGCAGGGAAUGAAUGUUUUCUGUCAUAUCUGGUGAGACACUGGAAACAGUGUAUAUAUUAUGUUGUAAAUAUUAAUUUUAUAACAGUAAUUUAUUAUGGAGAAAUCUCUUUAACGGCCUCAUAUUUCUGUGGUAUUGGAUGUCUCCAGCUCUGCAAAUAUGAAAUAAAACUGUAAUAUGCUGAAACAAACAUAAGAAAAAUAUACUAGGAAAAUCUGGGCAUUUCUUCUGGGGAAAGGGAAUGAUUUACUUUUCAGGACCCAGUUGUGAUAUGGUUACCCACGACAAGAUGAUUGCUUCAGUAGCUCUUGUGGUUUUGGAGCCCCCCUCUCAGAAUUUGUAGUUAUUUUUGGUUGAAAGUAACAGGUUUUGCCUUCUGAUUAUCUGAU